AUGUACUUCAGCAAGAGUAUCAUCGCGGCGGUCGUCCUCGUGGCUUCUGGUGUCAACGCCGUUUACGUCUACACCACUGUCUUCGUAACGAGCACGCGAACGAUCGAUGUGCAGUCUAUUACCACCACUCCGGUGACGAGCACCCGUACCUCCACGAUUACCUCGUCCGCGACCUCCACCGAUGUGUUAACGUCGACUUCGGUGAAGACGAUCACUACCACCACCACUCCGGGACAUUAG